CAAAAACUUUGUUUUCUCUCACUCUGCAACUACUGCAUUCACUCUCCAAAGCAGCAGAUCUCUUUGGAACUGAUUCGCUUUUCUCAUGCUCUGCGGUUACGAUUUCUAAUUUGUCUCCAUGAAUCGGAGCUCGAAGGAUUCCUUCGCCGGCGGGAGGAGUAUUAUGGCCGAAUCGCAGCACCGGAGGGGGAGGAGUAUCUCUGGAAUCACAAGAGACACGGAUGAGAAUUUGGAUCUCUUCUCCAGGAAUCGCCGGAGUCUCUCUGUCAUAUCAACCGACGAGUCCGACGCUGCAGUGUCUCUUAAAUUGUGGAGACUUUCAGUUGAAUCGGCAAAACCAGAAAGUAAUGGAACGGAUGAUCUACUGUCAUCAGUAGAUGGAGGCAAGCACGAUUAUGACUGGCUUCUAACUCCUCCUGGAACUCCCCUUGUUUCUUCGUUGGAUGCAAGUGAGCCUCAACCGACUUUACUGGCUCCUCGGAGCAGUUCCUCUCUUAGAUCUGUCUCCGCCACCAAGGCUUCAAGGCUUUCGGCUAUGCAUUCAGAGAAUUCUUAUUCUUCAAGACCAAUUAGAAGUAGUUCAGUUACUCGCUCUUCCAUCUCAUCUGUUAUGCACCACAACACCUAUUCCUCCAACUCUAACCGAUCCUCCUCAAUCCUCAACACCAGCUCUUUGUCAAUUACAUCUUCUAGACCAUCUACUCCAACUAGCCGCUCAAGUUCUACAGCAAGACCUAUAACUUCAUCUGCUCGUCCAGUGCAAUCACGUUCAUCUACUCCUGCCAAAUUCCGGCCAGCUCCCACCAUUUCCUAUGGUGAGAAAGCCCGAGUUACCCAGAACCCAAGACCAUUAACCCCUACUGCCAGGCCCCAAACCCCUGGAAACCUCAGUUCUAUAUCAGCUCGGUCAAAUUCACGGCCAUCAACUCCCACUCACCGAACCCCAAUUCCAGCUCCUGCUUCAGCUCCAGCAGCAGGUCGCUCUGUUUCUGUCGGACGGGUCCUACCAAAUAGCCGACAUCCAGCAACAGCAUCUCGAGGAAGCUCUCCAGGUCCACAUACACGUACUUCACAGAAACCAAUUGUUCCCUCUGAUUUCCCACAUGAAACACCACCAAACCUGAGGACGAAAUUGCCAGACCGACCUGUAUCUGCUGGUAGAACUCGCCCAGGCAUUGCGGUCACUGUCAGGGGAAACUCAGAGGCAUCAGGGCCUACAAAUCCACCACGGAGGCAACCAUCACCUAUUGUCAUGAGGGGGAGGCUUCCAGAACUUUCUAGAAGGGGCCACUUACAUGCCAAUGGACAUGACAUUGGUGCACCUGAAUCGCAGAAGAUCCCACCAGUCUCAAUGCCUUCAAUGUGGAAACCUGCAAAGUCUACAAUAGACACUGAGAAUACUGGAUUUGGAAGAACAAUCUCAAAGAAGUCUUUUGAUAUGGCUCUUAGGCACAUGGAUAUCCGACAUGGCACAGGGAGCAUUCGUUCUCUAUCAGGCACCACUCUCUUCCCUCAGAGUAUUCACUCUAGUGCUCCAAAAGGUCAACGUGUUCGUGCCUUGGAUCCUUCAGCUUCAGUAAGCAGCAACAGUGAGCUAUUUGUAAGCAGUAACGGUUCCAUGACACAGAAUGGAAAUCAAUCUCUAGAUGGUGAGGCUGAAGAAGAUGAUGGUCGACUUUCUGCAAAGCUGAGUGAACCAGACAUUGACGAGAAUUCCCAUUAUGAUGCAAUUCUGCUCAAAGAAGACUUAAAGAAUACAAAUUGGCUUCUCAGUGCUGAUGAUACAUCCGAUCAGGGACUCAUAUUUGAUCACCGGUUUGAGCCUCUACCAGAACUAUUUGGUCUCAUAUGAAUUAUUGGUUGCUGUUUUAUUUAUUAAGAUUGAAGCUUUAAUUUAUUUAUUUAUAUGAUUUGGUCA